AUGCAUUACACCAACCUCCUCUUCGCCGGGCUCGCCACCCUCUCAUCAACCAUGACAGUCACCGCCCAAAAAACCCACGUCGUCUCUGUUGGCUACAACGGCACCCUCGUCUUCUCCCCCAACAAGAUCUCGGCCGAGCCGGGUGAAGCCAUCCAGUUCCAGUUCGUGGCCGGCAACCACACGGUCACGCAAUCGACCUUUGACAACCCCUGCCAGCCUAUUGCGAUGCACAGCAACGUAACAGGGAUAAACUCGGGCUUCAUGCCUGUUGCCGCAGGCUUAGCAGCAGCAUCAGCAAAAGACGGCAAGAGCAUGAAUGGUACCACCUCUGGACAUGGAGGUAAUGUGCCGGUGUACACGGUGAUGGUGAAGAACAAGAACCCGAUGUGGUUGUAUUGUGCGCAGGGGAAGCAUUGUCAGAAUGGGAUGGUGAUGGUUGUUAAUGAAAACCCAUCUUCCAACGCCACCAAGUCACUACAGAACUACAAGGCCCUCGCAGCCAAGGCCACUACCAUCGUCCCCUCUGGUUCCGGCAGUGACUCUGGCUCGGGCUCUGGCUCGGGCACUGGCAGUGGUACUGGCUCUGGUUCUACCAAUGGCAGCACUACUACCGACCCAAGCAGCGGAACCACCCCGUCCAACUCGACGAGUCCUAGUGGCUCUUCCACCGCUGUGCCAGUGACUGCUGGUGCGGGUGUUCUCUCUGCUGCUGGAACUACGAGCAUGUUUGCGCUUGUCGCUGGUGGUGCUGUUGCUUUCUUGUUCCUCUAG